AUGAAGACAAUCGUCGCUUUACUGGCAAUAUGCCUUACAGCAGUUGCUUCGCUGCCGCAGCAGACGAGGAUCAUCGGGGGCUCUGUAACCUCGAUCAACAACUACCCGUUCGCCGCCAGCCUCCAGAUAACUCAGAACAGCGUCAGCUUCCGGCACCAGUGCGGCGGUACCAUCCUCAAUAACCGGGCCAUCCUCUCAGCGGCUCACUGUUGGUUCCGCGCGCCCACCGCGAACCGGUACCGCGUGCGCGUCGGCUCGCCCAACGCCAGCAGCGGUGGGCGCCUGCACAACGUGGCGCAGCUAGUCAGCCACCCGCAGCACAACAUGAACACACACAACAACGACGUGGGCAUCAUCCGAAUGGCCACGGCCAUCCAGCUCGGCUCCGCGAGCGUGCGCGCCGCUUCAAUCGCCUCCGCUAACAUCAACAUCCCAGACAACUCCGACGUCAUCGCCAUCGGCUGGGGAGUUACGAGCCAACAUGCACAAACGACUUCGGAACAGCUACGCCAUGUCGGACUUCGGACGGUCAACCAAAGUAGAUGCAAUAGCGCCUUCGGAGGUUUCAUCAACGCCAACAUGCUGUGUGCGGGCUGGCACGUGGACGGGCGCGGCGCCUGCUUUGGCGACUCGGGCACGGGCCUGGUGUUCCGCGGCACGGUGGUGGGCAUCGCCAGCUUCGUGGGCAGCCGGUGCGCCUCGGCCCACUGGCCCACCGUGUACGCCAGGGUGUCGCGCUACGUGGCCUGGAUCCGGAACCACGCUUAA